UUUUGAUAGCUUGACACUGACCAGCCCAGCUGGUUUGUUUUCUUUUCCUGAAAAUUUUUCAUCCUUGAGCGUCGAAUUUUAUAGAAAUCAAAAAAAUACCCAUUUAAAAUGCAUAUUAUUGGUAUUACAAUAUGAAGAUAAAUACUUGGUGAAAUGUAAAGUGUUUUUCUAGUGGAGUUUUUGUAGUUUUGUUGUGAAUACAUAUAGUUGAAAACGGACGGGUGGCACGUUGCUUUUGCAGACUGCCUAAAAUAACAAUUGAACGGCAUUUUAUGAAUUUGUGGUCCAAACGCAGACAAUAAAAAUAUAAACUAUAUCGAUUUUCUCCGAUACCUCAUGAAAGAUGCACCUCAAUCACGCUACUGCAAUGGCUAACUACCAGCACUAUCCGCCGCCGCAGAUUUCAACGCACGGUGGCACGCCCACCACGGUGCAACAGCAUACUACUAUAGCGACGGGUAGCACACCAUUUACGCUGCAUCAGUUGACUGCUGUGCAAGCCAUACAACAUCCGACACACCAGGCUAUGCUACAUCCGCAACACCCACUGGUACACCUACUCGAUAUUUCCUCCACGAAUACACCGAAUCCAACUCCAUUGCCACCGACUAAAAUCGAAUUGCCGGAACCCGAACCUAUUGAAGUGAAAAUAGAUGAUCCGCGCAAAAAAAAGGAAUGCCACGUCUGCAAGAAUAAAUUUCGUCAGUUAACUACUUUGCGCAAUCACAUGAAAAUUCACACAGACGAGCGGCCGUACAAGUGUAAACAUUGCGAUAGAGCUUUCCGUCAGAUUUCAACGCUCACCAAUCAUGUGAAAAUUCAUACCGGGGAAAAACCGUUUACAUGCAAUAUUUGCGCUAAAGAUUUUCGCCAGCAAAGUACACUAAUUAACCACAUCAAAACUCAUAAAGAAUCGAGUACCCCAACCUCAUUACUCAACUAUCAGCCUGGUACAAAAUUGAAUCAUCGCAACUCCAAAUUGGCUCAAAAUCAAAUGGUAGACUAUCAAAAUCGAUCCAUUACAAAAACACUUUACACUGGCAGCUAUAGCUCACCGCAGGCCGACGAGCUGGUAAAACCCUAUCAGUGCAAUGUUUGCAAAAGACGUUUUCCGCAGCUAAGUACGUUACACAAUCAUGAGCGGACACACAUCGAUCCCAAGCCGUAUAAAUGUGAAACAUGUGACAAAUCCUUCAGUCAACUGGCCACUUUGACAAAUCACAAAAAGAUUCAUACCGGUGAUAAGCCGUACGCUUGUUCCUUUUGUUCCAUGCAAUUCCGACAGCAGAGUACUCUAACCAACCACAUGAAGACCCACACCACAGCCGCCAGCAAUGCAAACGCAGUGUCAACUACCACCACCACAAUGGCAGCCCCACACGGCAUCAACCACAUGACUUCAACACUGGUUGCACAAGGAGAACAUCCCCAACUAAACAACAUGGUACAUCAACAAUUGCAAGCAGAGCAUCCAUUAUUGCAUUUCCUCGAUAGUAACACAACUGUAAGCACCAUUGUUCCAAAAGAGCCGUUCAAUCCCAACACCAGUCGUCGUUUCAAAAACGAGGCAGAUAGCUUAAUGUUGGAGAGCCCUGAUCGCCCUUUUCCAUGCGCUAUUUGCCGCAAAGCUUUCUCACAACAGAGCACCUUAGCCAACCACAUUAAGACGCACACCGGUGAGAAGCCAUAUAAGUGCAAAGUGUGCGAGUCGAACUUCCGACAACUGUCCACCUUGAAUAACCAUCUGAAAAUACAUACUGGCGAAAAGCCUUACAGCUGUUCCUAUUGCCCUAAACAAUUUCGGCAGAAAAGCACUCUUAUUAAUCAUGUCAGGAUUCAUAAUUGUUAAAAACGCCAUGGAAAUAUUAUUCAAACAAAAAAAAGCAAUGAUGAAGAAGCUAAUGUUAUAAGACACAAGAACAAUUGCCAUGUUGGCCAGCAAUCCCAAUAAAAGAGAACAGCCGAUAAUAAUAACCCAUAGACCCAACAGAUAAAUAUGUAUACAAAGAUGACUGUAUCAAAACGUAAAUACGAGGUAAUGGAGAAAACUAUUAAAAACAAUAAAACAUUGUAAUUUCGAUGUUAAAACUAACUAUAACCAGCUGCUAAACGUAAUGAGUUACUUACUGCUGUGCAAUAUGUAUUGUCCAUGUAAAUUAAUUAUAUACUAAGGAGCCGCAUGAGUAAGUAGAAAAUAAUGUAUACAUUUAUAGAUUUGUGGCAAAGUUACAAUUUAUAAGAGUAAAAUGAUUUGAUGAAGUACACGACACGAACUUUUGGUAGCAUGAAUUCGCCGUCAAAUCGCCAGGAAAGGACAAAAACAAAACUCUUUGGGGAAUUUGUACGACGUUACAACAACAAAUCAAAUCUUAUUUUGAAAUGAAUGCCAGGUUAUAGGUUAGCUGAAAUUUCGCGAUACUGAAAUCGUGUACCCCAAUGGAAAACAAAAUAUUUAUUAAAUAUAUUAUUUUUAGCAUUUUAGAAUAAUCCGACGCAAAUAAUUUCAGUUGUGUCAAUAGAUAUGAAACGUAUGAUCCUGUCCGCACAGUAAUUGCCACCACCUUACCGCAUGAUCCAUAUUCAUAUACAUAUGUACAUACAUACAUUACUGCAGCAGCAACUCCCAAGAGUUUAUGAGCUACAAAAA